CUCGGCGGAGUCCGGAUGGAGGACUCGGACUCGGCCGCCAAGCAGCUGGGCCUGGCCGAGGCGGCGGCGGUGGCGGCCGCGGCCGCUGUGGCGGCGGCGGCCGCGGCCGCGGCGGGAGGCGAGGCGGAGGAGCCCGUGCUCAGCAGGGACGAGGACUCGGAGGAGGACGGAGACUCGGAGGCGGAGCGCGAGACGCGGCGGGUGACGGCCGUGGCGGUGAUGGCCGCCGAGCCCGGGCACAUGGACAUGGGCGCCGAGGCCCUGCCUGGCCCCGACGAGGCCGCCGCGGCCGCCGCCUUCGCAGAGGUGACCACUGUGACAGUGGCCAACGUGGGCGCCUCGGCGGACAAUGUCUUCACCACGUCGGUGGCGAACGCCGCCUCGCUCUCGGGCCACGUGCUGUCGGGCAGGACAGCCCUUCAGAUCGGGGACAGUCUGAACACCGAGAAGGCCACGCUGAUCGUCGUGCACACGGACGGGAGCAUCGUGGAGACCGCCGGGCUGAAGGCACCCACUGCCCCUCUCACCCCCGGCCCUCAGUCUCCUCCGACUCCUUUGGCUCCCGGCCAAGAGAAAGGUGGAACUAAGUACAACUGGGACCCAUCGGUGUACGACAGUGAGCUGCCUGUGCGCUGUCGGAACAUCAGUGGCACCUUGUAUAAGAGCAGGCUCGGCUCAGGAGGCCGGGGGCGCUGCAUUAAGCAGGGGGAGAACUGGUACAGUCCUACCGAGUUUGAAGCCAUGGCAGGAAGGGCCAGCAGCAAAGACUGGAAGAGAAGCAUCCGCUAUGCGGGGCGGCCGCUGCAGUGCCUCAUCCAGGAUGGGAUCCUAAACCCUCAUGCCGCCUCCUGCACCUGUGCCGCCUGCUGUGAUGACAUGACCCUGAGCGGGCCCGUCAGGCUCUUCGUCCCCUACAAGAGGCGCAAGAAGGAGAGCGAGCUGCCCGCCACACCCGUCAAGAAGGAUGCCCCCAAGAACAUCACCCUGCUUCCCGCCGCAGCCGCCACCACCUUCACCGUGACCCCCUCAGGACAGAUCACUACCUCUGGCGCGCUGACCUUCGACCGGGCGUCCACCGUGGAGGCCACCGCGGUCAUCUCGGAGAGUCCGGCCCAGGGCGACGUCUUUGCGGGAGCCACAGUACAAGAAGCAGGCGUGCAGCCCCCAUGCAGGGUCGGCCACCCGGAGCCCCACUACCCAGGGUAUCAGGACAGCUGUCAGAUCGCACCGUUUCCGGAGGCCGCGUUGCCAACAUCUCAUCCCAAAAUAGUGUUGACAUCCUUGCCCGCCCUGGCGGUGCCUCCCUCCACCCCCACCAAAGCCGUGUCUCCCGCUGUGGUCAGCGGGCUGGAGAUGUCGGAACAGCGGAGCUGGCUGUACCUGGAGGAGAUGGUCAAUUCCUUGCUCAGCACCGCGCAGCAGCUGAAGACGUUGUUUGAACAGGCCAAGCAGGCCAGCUCCUACCGAGAAGCCGCCGCGGCCCAGGCCAGAGUCCAGGCGGAUGCAGAGCGGAAAGAGCAGUUCUGUGUCAACUGCGGCCGGGAGGCCCUGAGCGAGUGCACCGGCUGCCACAAGGUCAACUACUGCUCCACCUUCUGCCAGCGCAAGAUGUGCUUCUUCUGGACAUUUCACGUAGCAGGAGUCGUAUAACAUGUGGUCUCCCGCGUCUGGCUUCCUCUGACCAGCGUGUUUUCAAGGUUCAUCCAUGUGGAGCCUGAGUAGCGUCCACGGUGUGGCUGGACCUCGUCUUGUCCUCCAGUCCUCAGCCAGCGGACAUCUGAGUGGUUCCCGCCAUGUGACUGUCGUGAACACUCACGAGCGAGCUCCAGGGUGGAGACAGGUUUUUGUUUGUCUCGGCUACAUGCGUACAUGGAUUUGCUGAGUCAUAUGGUAAACUUGCGUUUAACUUUAGUAAGAAGCUUCCCAACUUUUCCGAAGUGACUGCACCCCCUCCAGUGGCGGGUCCGCCCGUGUCCACAGCGCUGGCUCUUGCUUUCUGGUCGCAGCCCUGCUACCGGCUGUGAAGCGACGUCAGUGCGUUUAGUCUGCAUCUCCCUGAUGUCUAAGGGCGCCGAGCAUCGUUGUGUGUGCUGAUCGGGCGUUGUGUAUCUUUUGGGGGGAAAUGUCUAUUCAGAUCUUUUGCCCGUUUUUAAAUGGGAUCGUUUCUCUUCUUAUCGAGUGUGGAGAUGUCUGUGUAUAUCCUGGAUACAAGUCCUUUAUCAGAUACGUGAUUUCCAAGUACUUUCCCCCAGUCUGUGACUUGUCUCUUUAUUUCUUAAUAGUGUCAUUUGAAGGGCAAAAGUUUUUUUAAUUUUGAUGAAGUCCAGUUUACUUUAAAAAAAUUUUUAUUAUCUAUUAUUUUUUAUUUUUGGCCUUGCCAUAAGGCUUAUGGGAUCUUAGUUCCCGACCGGGGAGCAAACCCGGGCCCCCUGCAGUGGAAGCAUGGAGUCCUAACCACUAGGGAAGUCCCAAGAAGUCCAGUUUAUUAAAAAAACAUUUUUAAUGGAGAUCACGCUCUUGGUGUCAUCUCUCAGAACUUCUGCCUGACUCAAGGUUAGGAGAAUCUCCUAUUUUCCUCUAAAACAUUUAUAAUUUCAGCUCUUUUUUUUUUUUUU